AUGUGUAGAACCAGAUAUCAAAAUCCAAGUGAGAUCAAGCCAGAAGUUUGCAAAGAAAGAAAAGAACGCCACAAGCCCCAGCACUAUGACAUCCAGUACAAGCGAGAGCUCACGAGGCAGCUCUCAGUGUCAAGUAUCUUGGUGGCCCCUCGUGCGGAUCAUAAGAUCAUCAAGCGCGUCUUCCGCCUCGCCGAGAACCGGACGCCGUCCAGCUCCAUGAAAACGUCGGUGACUGCCGCUGGCAGUCAGGGAUUUCCUAUCGAUGGCCCGACCACUGACGGAAGCACGCUGCUUGUAAAUGGGUCACACGCGCACCCGGAAAUGGAACCUCGGAGCGAGACGGCAAGGCCAUGA